AUGGGACCGCAGGUCAGUCCGGAUUUGGUCAAAAACGCCCUGGCCGACAUGCACAGUGCAAAGACGGAAUUGUCCGAUCAAAUUGCCGCGAUUUUGGGACGAUUCUCCAACUCGAAGAGGAUGAUUGACACUAUCGCCAGCUCCUUGGGAUCUCCUCGAAUGGAGCCAAGAGCUGUGGUACCACAAAUCCGACAAGUUACCAAUGACGUCAUCGGCAAAUUGGAGGACUCCGAGAAGUUCGUAAUCGAGCCGUUGGAGAAUUUGGUGACGGUUUUGGAUCAACAAUCGCCUGAGGAUGUGCUGAGACAGCUGAUCUGUGCCAUGUUCAACCAUGACAUCACUACAACUCCCGAGGAGCCUCGUAAGUGA